AUGGGCUGCACUCAGGCUAAAAUCGAACCAGAAGCACUGACACCAGACGAUACGAGAAUCAUCAGAGAAACAUGGAAAAUGGUAGGCAGAGAAGCCUAUGGUGAAUACGGCCAACGGCUCAUGCUCAGGAUUUUCCAAAAAUGCCCAGAUAUAAAAUCAUUAUGGCAAAAUCCCCGUGUAACCAACAAUGCAAAUGCAGCAACAACAACAGCUGCCGCUGUCGGCGAUGAUACAGACGCUCCUAAUACAGCAAAUCGCUGGAAAAUGGAUCUAAGAAAUCAUGGCUCAAAAUUUUUUAAUUCUCUCGACGAUCUAAUUAGUGUUGUUGACAAACCUGAUGAACUAUUUAAAAUGUUACAUGACAUUGGUUCUCAACAUCAUAAUUAUGAAGUUAAAUCAGAACAUAUCCAGGCUAUUGUGGAUGGUCUUAACCAUACAAUGGAAUUUGGCUUAAGAGAUAAAUGGACAGAUAAUCGACAAAAAUCUUUCGGACGAUUAAUUAACAUAAUUGUUAUACGUACAAAUCGAGCAUUGACUGGUAACGAAAAGUGA